UUUAAAUCGGGUUGUUGUGGUACCCGAUGCUCUUUCCUUGCGUACUUCACUGUUUUCUCGGCUUUUGAGUGAAUCCGUUCUGUGUUCGUCACCAAUAUUUCGACAUAUUCUGUCAUUUCGCUUCAUGAUAUUAAGGCAGUAAAUAACCAGGUCUCGGACAUAAUAAAGUGUGGGGAUAUGUAAGUUGACGCGGAGGACAGUUUCACAUACGACCCCGAAGCCUCUGUUGUUUAGUUGGGCAGCGGCGUCUGUUUCUCUGCGUCGUCGUCGACUCGUUAUUCCAUUUCCUUUCCCGAGAGACACAUUUUGAGGACAAGUGGGGAAAGAUGGUGAACGUGCUUAAAGGAGUUCUUGUGGAAUGUGAUCCGGCCAUGAAGCAGUUCCUCCUGUUCCUUGACGAGACGUCGGCUCUCGGUAAGAAGUUCAUCAUUCAGGACCUUGAUGACACGCAUGUCUUCAUCUUGGCGGAGGUGGUCCAGAUCCUGCAGGAGAGAGUCGGGGAGCUGAUGGACCAGAACUCAUUUCCCAUCACGCAGAAAUGAGACACACACACAGAUCUCACUGAGAAAUCACACACACACACACACACACACACACACACACACACACACACACACACACGCAGACCGUAUUCAGAAAUGAGACACACACACACACACACAC